GCCCGGGGUACUGCAGGACGGCGUUGAGCGGGUGCUGCUGUACGGCUGCCGGCUGCCCAGGGCCUGCAACAGGGAGCAGCGAUGCUCGUCUCGGCCGCCUCCGUGGCCCCUGGGACGGCUGGGCUGUGCCGCCCGGGGCCCCCUGGACCGCCACCACCUCUGCUGCCCAAGCCGGGAAAGGACAACUUGCGCCUGCAGAGGCUCCUGAGGAAGGCGGCCCGGAAGAGGAUGGGCGGGGGUGGGCCCCCCGCUCCGCCCAGGGCUUUCCGCACCUCCCUGUCCCCCGUGAGCGAGGCCAGCCGAGACCAGGAGGCCCCGAGCCCACGUCCCAUGGAGCCCCCACGUCCAGCUGAGCCCUCACGCCCCACCGAGGCCCCGUGCCCCACCGAGGCCCCACGCCCAGCCAACACCGUGCAUCCCACAGAGGCCCCGCAUCUGGCCGAAGCCCUGCGUCUCAUGGAGGCCCCGCAUCCCAUGGAGGCCCUGCGUCCAGCAGAGGCCGUGCAUCCUGCUGAUGCCCCAUGCCCCACCGAGGCCCCAAAGGCUGUGGCCACCACACCCCGCUGCCCCCCGACCCCUGUCAUCCACCACGUGGCCUCCCCCACGCAGAGGUCCACAUUCUCCUUCAGCCUCGCCCAGCGCAGGAGCCUGGCUUCCCACUUCAGGGCCACAGGCCCCCAGCUCACAGCCCCAGCCCCGGAACCUGCCUGGUGCCCCAGCAGCUUCACCCAGGUCGCGGCACCUACAGCGAGGGGCCGCCAUGUCAGCCAAGUGCACGUCCAGCUGGCACCAUCCCCGCAGGGCGGGACCCCCGAGCCCCCCCCGGCAGCCCCCAAGGAUCAGCACAUGGCCCCCUGCCCUCCCGGGGCUCAGCCCCUGAUCCCCGUGGCCCACAUCCGCCCACUGCCCAUUGGGACGCAGGUGGCCAGUUCCUGGCCUGGGACGUCCCCAGUGCCCAGGCCUCCCCCCAGCCUGCAGCCCUCGGUGCCCAGGGAGGCUGGCACCCGGGUGGUGGUGCCCAUUGUGCCCACCUACUGCUCACCAGGACCCUCGCCUUUCAGGCCGGCCUCUGGGACCCCCGGAGCUGGGCGCCUGGAGGAGCCCCCCAUGGCUGGCCCUGCCACUGAGGCUGAGAGAGUCUCCAGCCCCCAUGGGGCCUCACCCCUCGCCCCACUGGCAGGCCCCCACCCCUGCCCGGCCCCCAGAGCCGCAGCCAGGCCCCAGCUCAGCGGCUGGACGCGCCUCAAGAAGCAGCUGCUGGAGGAGCCGGAGGAGCCCCAGUUCCCGGGGCCGGAGCCCAGCCCGGGGCAGGUGGACCAGGGCAAGACCGCCCUUGCCAGCCCGGAGCCCCGGCCCCCCGCCUCCCGGGCCUCCAAGAUGUGGGACGCGGCGCUCUACCGCGUGUCCAUGGCAGAGUCCCGCAGCAGCCAGGCGGGGCCCGGAGCUGGGGUGAGCACCCUGGCUGGCCUCAGGCGCCUGCCCUUCCUUUAUCGGCCUCGCUUCAACGCCCGGAAGCUGCAGGAGGUGGCUGCCCGACCCCCUCCUGUGACCUCCCCAGUCCUGGUCCUGAACCCCCAGCCCAAGAACUUCAACCGGACAGCAGCCGGCUGGAGGCUCCACUGAAUGGCUGGGUGGCCCCAGGGCCGUGGGGUGGACGAGAGGGGCUGAGUGUCCAGCUGGGAAACUGAAACCAUUCAAGAGGGGAGCCUGGCGGCCUGGGGGUCUGGAGGGGCGGUGGGGCGGACAGGAGUAGGAAGGACGACAGCGGCAGAAGCGGGUUAAGCAGUGGGUUAAGAAGGGGGUUAAAAAGUGGGUUUGGACGGUGCAGACGGGCAGAGAGAGGUCUGCUUUGGGGUAGAGUGUGGGAGCUUUUGGGGUGAAUCUCUGGGGAGGCAGACAGUUCAGGAGGCCGAUUCAAGGUCAGGGUUGUCUGAGUAACCUUGCAGGGCGGGGCCCACCUGGGCGUCUGCACAGGGCUUGGGGCAGGGGCUGUAGGGGGCGGCCACCAGCAGGGCCUGGAGGGGCCGUGGCUGUUCAGGAGGGUCUGCCCGGCCCCAGGGAGCAGGGCCGGGUUUAACCCCGGGAGCUCCGGGUGGUGAGUCCUGACAUGUGCUGGGACAAGGAGGACUCUGGGGCUGCUCCCUUCUGCCUAGAAAGUGGGGGAGACUUGUGUCUCCGUGGGGGUGGGUAGUGGCUGGGGGCUUGGGCUCAGGCGGGGUCGCCUCUGUGGCCUGCCCUGGCGGCCGUGCUGCCGGAGGACGGGGCCCUGGCCAGAGCUGGGAGCAGGCCGAGGCCCGGGAGGGAGCCGGCCCCUCACUGCCGCCCUUCGCUGCGGCUUCUACUCCUCCAGACUGAGGGCAGAGCUGGGUGGGGGGGACUCGCUGAUGAAACAGGAGGUGGGUCUCAGCCUCGAGGCUGGAUGAGGAGACGGGGAGAGCAGCCUGGCCCGGCGCCGAGGACCAGCCGUGGCCUGGACAGGUGGGGAAGGGGGCCCCGGGCCUCACGAGGCCGUGGGGCCCCAAUAUGCCCUCAGAGGGGGUCUGACCCAGGACCAGCAGUGGGGUUCUGACCAGCAGUCGGGGA